ACGUAUUAUUGAAAACGAAAAAGCUUGCUAGAACAACUUGAAACUUUCUAAACUAAAUUAAAAUAACCCCAAAGUGUUGCACGCUGCCUCUGUCUUUUUGUUACCUUUAACAGAAGAGAAUACAUUUGAUUCUUUCUUACAUAAUCUCUAUAUGUAAAUAACAUAUCUCUGUAUAUAAAUAAGCUCCGUCCACCAAAAAUUAGAGCGACUUUUCUUUUUUCUUUGCAGGCUUUCAGUUCCAAAUAAAGAAACAUAUUAUUUUUAAAGGUUAUAUUGUUCCAGUUAUAAAUAAAUUUAUUCAUAUUUGCCUUCAGAUCCAACUUUCGUUCCCUCUUUCGAAUUUUUUUUAAGUAACAGCAAAGUUUGGUUAAUUCUUUCCCCCUCUAUAUAUUUGUACCUCCACUCGUCUUACAUCUCCACAAAUCCUUGACAAAGAAUAAUUCUUCGGUUUCAUUUUCCUCCCCAUCCAAAUAAAAUUACAUACACAUGUUUAUUAUGUUCCCUUUACAACCGACGCAUAAGCCAUCCAACAUUCAUAUUUAGAAGUCUUGUAUACAUAUAUACUACGUAUGGAAUAAUAGUCGUGCCUGGCUCCCUGUAUACCACAAGAAAACACCGAUCUCAUUAUGAAAUCGAUCGCUAGUGGUGUAUAGAGUAGUCAAGCAUGACCAAAGCUUUUCUUGAUAUAUAAGUACUUUGUCUUUGUAACGCAUAAUGUCUAUAAAAUUUCUGGUAUAUGUAUGCAUGAAUUAUGUUUAGAAAUUUCUGUUUUUUUCAUAUGCAUCUUCAUUAUUUUCUUAGCGUCCUUUAUUUAUUAAUGUCUUAUUUGGUAUUAAGCAGGUAUUAAUGAUAUUACAUUUCUAAGUGUAAUGAAUGUAAUGAAAUCAUAAUUCAACUAUUAUAUCCAUAUAUUGUUUUUCUAUCUUUAUGUUGAAAAAUAUAGGUGUCUCUAUCUAUCAGUGAUUCCUGAUCAUGUAUGUUUAAUCACUAAACUUCUUAGAAGUUGUAAUUUAUCAUACUUAUGCUGUCUCGCUAACUGUUCAAUUUCUCUAUUCACUUUAACAAAAUCUUGCAAUGAUAGCUUUGCAAGGUGGGUACAUGGAUAAGCUUUGCCAGCUAUCCAAGAGGGUUUAAGCUUUAGAUUGAGGUAGAGGUUCUUGACAGAGUGAAUGUCUCUCUUUUGCCUAGUGGGUUUGAAAGAUAACGCAUCAGUAUGUUGUCUUUUCUUGUGCAACAAAAGAAUAUAGAACAACACAUCUGUUUGCAUUAAAAAAAAAAAAAAAACACCACAUCCACAUCUGUCUCACCUCACCUUCUCAUGCAUUUGUUCCUUUCAGAUUUGUCAAAUUUUUAAAUUUUAAAGUGUUUUUUUUUUCCUCAAAUCAUCCACAUUGAUUAGACGAUGUUUCAGAGUAUAUCUAACUUUGUAAACAUAAGAAUUAAUGUUUUACUUUUGGAUGACGUAAAUAAAAACCUUUUUAGAUUGUAAAUUAAUUAAUGAUUGUAAAUUAAUUAAUGAUUACUGACAGAUUUAUGGGAGGUAAAAUGAAUUAGUGGUAACUUGACGUACUAACCAGAUUGAAAAACAUCAGUCACCUGAGUUACCUCAAAUGCUUCUCCAAUUGUUGAUGUUCCUUACCACAUCUUCUUCCUCGCUACAUUCAUCGAUUUGUUUCCUGCUGUGUAUGUCACUGUCCGAGGCUGGGAUUGCUCUUGGAGAGUUACAAUCCUUGGUAGAUCUUUAUGAUUUCAUCUCAAUGGCGACUAUAUUUCUCAUCGAUGUACUCUAUGUGACUCCAACCCUAAUUAGCAAGAAAAAGGCGUAGAAGAAGAAGAUCAAUGGAAACAUAAGACAACGCCCUUUCUCAUACAUAUGAUGAUAAUGAUGAUGAUGAAAAAAGCCUGUGUAUAUAUCAUUUAGAAUGCUACGACCAAUUUCAAAACCGAACAUGUUCUCGACAUGUUUGUAACUCAAAAAUAUACUUGAAAAUACUACCAGUUGAGAAAAAAAAAAUACUACCAGUUUUGGACUUCCAUUGUCUUGACAGUUCAAAGGUUCGAUUACCAAAUAUGCCUUUAUAAUGUGGGUUACUCACCUAGACCUGCUUCAUGUACUUCUUAGGAAGCAGGUCUGCAUCUUCAACCAAGCAGACAUGUUUCCUAAGAAGCUUGUGAACACUGUCCAGCUUUGCUUUCACUUCAUCUAUCUGAUCAUUUUCAAAGAUGGUGGCAGAUCUCUUCCUCUCAAAAUUAGUGUUCUUGGUGCUGCUGCUAAAUGCUAGGUUUUCAAUGACUUUCACUGCUUCUUCUGGAUUCCUGGUGUUGAAGUUCUCAUUGCUGGAAGCAUCGAGAGCCAUCAGGUAGUGCAUCGCGAUGCCUCUGUAGAAAGUACUACGCAGUUGUACUUCAUUGAAUCCAUGGUGUGGACAGUCUCUCUGGUAAGACUUGAAUCUGAUCCAGAAGCUUCUGAAUGAUUCUGCAGGCUCCCGAGUGAAUGUAGUACACUUAAAUGGCUUUAUCUAUUCGGCAUGGGUUGUAUAUGACUUUAUCCCAGAAACUCUUGGAAGACUUGUUGGCCAUGGAACUAUACUCGGGAUUUGUUAUGUACGCAACACGAGGCUUCACAACACUGUCUCCUCAGUUCCACAACUAAAUUGUAACAUCGAUGUAUGUUGAAUUGACUUGGACAAGUAUGUCAGCAAAGUGAAUUUAUUUCUUUUGGUCAAUUGUCUAGAAAAAACUAUUAAGUUAACCGUGAUUGAGUUGGAUUAGUGGAAGAUGGAUGGCCUAUUGGAAAAUGGAAAAUGAUUCUUGAUAUUGUAUGAAUUGGGGUAAAACAUGAAAAAUAUGUGGUGCUUGUAGAAUUAAUAGCAAGUCUUUCGAGUAUUCUAAAAAUUAAUUAAUACUGACCAUUGGCUAUGUGAUAAGCCUACAGGUCAAGUGCAUGGAUGUAGAAACCACUAAUGGAGGAUUUGGAGUGUUACAUGAAUAUUUAAAGGAAAUUAAUCCACAUAGCCAUAAAAAACAUAAAUUCACUAAUUAUCCAAAAUUUCUUUUUCCUUCAUGCUUUCUUUUCCUAUCUCUUUCUAUCCUCUCUCUUCAAAUCUAAUUUUCCUUUUUCGUUAGGUUAUUUUACAAAUAAAUUCAAUAUUUAAUCCAUGAUGUAAUUUUUGCCGAAAUUAACCGCAUUUUUUUAUUGCAAAAAUGGUUACGACACCUAACUCUCUAAACUUUUGAUUAUCUAAGCUGUGCUUUGUUUACAUAUUUUAGUAAGUUUUUACGUAUUUUUAAGAGGUGAUAUUCAAUUACACCUAUAUUUAUUGGUGAUUAGUUAGAAAUAUUAAAGGUUAGACAAAAAUUUUAUAAUAUAUAGUUUUUUAUAAAAAAAAUAACCCAUCUAGAAACAAAUUGUGUCCAACUUUGUGCUUUUGUUUCAGUAAUAUUGAUUUUCUUUUAGAACAAAAAAUUUAUUUAUAUAACUAAGUUAUAACAAAAUACUACUAUCUUAUUGCUUAUAUUUUUUUUUGAUUAACCUAAAAUAUCUUGAAUCGGAGAGUCUAAGAGACUUUGUCAGAGAAUAUAAUUUCCAAAUAAAAAGCUCAGUUGAUUACUCAAAAGAAAAUUCUCUUACCGAUAAGCAGCACAUAUGUAUGCAUACAGCACAUCGGUUUAUAACUUAACAUGCUAAUGAUGUAUGUUUUUUUUUAACAACUAUUUUAUUUAUAUAAAAUGUAACAUUACACAUAAAAUAAUAAAAAACAACCAAAUGUAAAUUUAAAAUAAAAUACAACAUAAUUAAAAUCUGAAGAAACUUUCUUCUGAAUCUACUUAGUGCAAUCUUAUGUUUUGAGUAUCGGCCAUGCGAUGAAACUCCAAACUUCAAACUUCUUUGUUUUCUUUGUUGUAUAACAUUAGUCACCUUCCAACUUGGAUCAAUAGAUGUCAAUCGAGAUUGAAUCCCAUAUAAUGAUUCUCUCAAAAGAAAUAAAAAUUGGAACGACCAAUUUUCAACGAUUAUAAGAACAUCGCCAUACAACAAAGAAAUUCCAAUUCUCUGUUUCCAACAUACUCAUUCCAUGGUAGUUUCCAUGGCAUUUAAAAGCGGAGACAGUCGAGAGCAGUUUGAUCAAGACGGAAACAUAUAAGUUGCAAAGGUUUGGUAGAGGUUUAGUAAUGGGUCGUUAAAUAUCAAAAGUGUUUUUUUUUAAGGUCGAAUAACACAUUACAUCAUCGUAUUAUUUCUAAAUCUAUUAAAUAUACGAAUAGAGAGAACUCUUGCGGAUACUGAUAAUUUUAGGCACACCUAGAGUUCGCCCUAAAUAUUUUCUCUCUGUCCCGAUAAUCGAGGCGCCGCUUCAACCAUCUCACUUCGACGCCGGUAGAGCAACGGCUUACCGGCGUCGGGCCCUUCAACUUCCGCGUCGUCCUCUCUUUUUUCGUAUCAGCUCAAGUUCAAGAUCUCGCCUUUCGUUCGCCGCUUGUAGAACCUGUUCUGGGUCAAAGAUGUCUUCAAUUUCGUGUUUCUCCGGGGGCUCCCGGUUACCGUUUCCACUCGGCUCCACUGCUCAACGUCGUCAACACCAUACCUCUGCUGGUCCGGUUCCGUCAGGAGUCAGAUCUAUGAGGCUCCCUUUCCUCCUUACGACGUUUCCUCGGCUAGAAAAUCGCCUCCGACAUCCGCCUUCCAUACCGUUCCAAGUCCAACUUCAAGCUUCAGCUUCCUACGUCUGUAAAUCCGGUGUCCGUGGGGCUCCACAUUUAACUCGGGUUUUAGAUCUGGAAUCUUGUCGGGGUUUGUCUUGUCUGGGCUCACCUUGUGUGUCCUCCAUCAUCACUGUCGCUGGCCUUCCUACGCCGCUCGCUCCUCUAUCAUCAUCAACUCCGCCGCCGUAUCGUUUAAACAUCGCCUCUUCCUUGCUCGGCCAUCAUUCCUCGCAGUUGAUCAGAUUCUUUGACAGAAGAAGGACGAGUUUUUUUGGUCUUGAGAUGGACCACUUUCAUUUUGCAGUGGGUUUGACAAGCCCAACAAGACUCCAAGGUCCCCAUUUCAACCUAGCAGUCUCACAGCCCAAUUUGAUGUGGGGUGGAUUGGUCGCUUUGAUUAAUCUGAUAAAAAUAUCUGGUGGAUUCAUCGAAGUUUUUACGGAGACAGAGUUACAUAUAAGGUUUUAUGUAUCUUGUUUGAAGAGUAGUCUAUCUUACCAUUUACCGGUGGGUUCACCGGGACUAUCAUUACCAUCAUUUGCCUCCUUUAUAAGGAGUGUUCUCCCUCCAAUCUUAUGGAGGUGUUCAUCCAAAUCUAUAACUGUCUUGCUAUCUUGUGGAGCAGUCCGUUCGGGGCCUGAAGAUGCAGCGGGAUUCGUUUCGAUGAGUUUCCGAGGUGCGGAUUGGAUGUUAACGUCACAAUUUAAGGUUACUAUUUUUCUGCUGUCCGACCAUGUCGGAAAGGCUACACUGACGCAUUCAAGCACCGUCUUGAAUUCGCUGUCAUCUUCUUCUUUUGAAGACCUAUCAUUUUUAUCUUAUGCUACUGUAGUUUAUGUUUUCAAUCAAAUAGGAUGGACAAUUCCCUCUAUCAUUUGUAAUCAAGCAAGUUGAAGUUAACAAAAAAGUAGUGUUCCAAAACAAAAAAAAAGAGAACUCUUGCGAUCGAGACCUGGGAGAGAUGAUUUUUCCCUCUGAAUUUUUCUUUCAAAAUCUUUUAAUAUCAAACCUAUAGUAAGCAAUUGCAUGUGGCAAUAAUCACGUUUCUUAUGGUGCACUAAGCAGCGAAAUUGAGAAUCAACUCGGGUUUUAAAUUUUUGGUCUGGCUCAUUCUUUACGCUCGGUCCGGUUUGGUUUUCUCUGCAUUUUACUUUUCAAUACCUGAAAUCAUCGUCCAAUCCCCUAUCUAUUAAUUCUGGAGCAUUACGACAUAUUUUUAAAACCACAUGUCAUCACCAGAAUGAUUCUUAGAAUUGUUUGAAAAAUAAGUUGGUCCAUAUAAAUAUAUACUAUGUUUUUUAUUAAACUAACUAUCAGAUUAAUUAGUAGUGAACAAAAGAAUA